AUGGCCAAUCGGCAGAUGGGUAAGAACAAGAAAGGAAAGAAGAACAACAACAAUACAGGAGAUAAAACUAAAGUUAGUAGAAUAAAGAAACUGAAGGCCAAACCAGUGGCUAAAAAUUUAAAAAGGUUAAACCAGAUAAAUAAAGCUCAAACUGAAGAUUUAGAUAAAGGCUAUGAUAGUUUUAGACAUAAAGUUAUAAAAACAGCUCAAGAUGGUCAAAAAUCUCAACAGAAACCAGUUACACAGAAGGUGAAGCCAAAACGAGAAGAAAGAAAACCGGAACCGGAUAUUGAUGUUGCUAUGGAGGAUUUCUCUAAAUUAUAA